AUGUUGAAUAGUCUGGCUCGUAACAGGCCUAACCUUUCUCAGACGAUUCCUGCACACAGAUACAGAUAUGAUGCGACAUCAGCCUUUGUUCUUUGGCUUCUGUUUGUGUUUCGUUCACAUCAGUGGAUCACAGGUGAGUGGGUUGUAGAGGAACCAAGUGAACCAAGACUUUUGGGAAACAGAGGCCUAGUCCUCAAAUCCCCUGGUAGACAUCACGCCAUAUCUGCAUACCUGCGGAAAGUGUAUUACUUUAAAGACACACCUCUUUGCUUACAGUUUGAAGUUUUCUUCCAAAAGGUGGUUGAUUGUGGUGGAGCCUACAUUAAGUUGCUUUCUCAUUCAGAUGAUCUCCGUUUGAGCCAGUUCAGUGAUGCCACCCCAUACACAAUUAUGUUUGGUCCAGACAAGUGUGGCAGCACACACAAGGUACAUUUCAUCUUUAGUCAUCGCAAUCCCAUCACAGGAACAUAUGAGGAAAAACAUGCUCGGCAAUCAGAAAUGGAUCUUAGUGACUAUUUUAUUGACCGGCACCCACAUCUCUACACUUUAAACUUAUAUCCUGACAACACUUUUGAAAUCUUCAUUGACCUGACACUUAUUAACAAGGGAAGUCUUUUGGAAGAUAUGGACCCAGCAGUUGCGUCUCCUCACGAAACACAGGAACCUGAAUACUCAUCUAAUGCUGCCUUAGUGGAUGGGUUUCAAACUUCUGACCUAAAGUUGGAAAAUGAAAGGUCAGAUGGCGUGGAAGGACAGUGGAAGGACUGUACUGAGGCCUCAGACUGUGAGAGCUCAUCUCAUCCUGCAUUAUCAAAUUCAGUCUCUUCCAAGCCAAAGAAACAACCCAGCAGAAACCCUAAUGAUAAAGGCAGCAGAGGAGAGCAGCCGUUCACACUAAGCCCUGUCGCUGCUGUAGGAUUUGAGCUGUGGACCAUCACUGGAGAUGUGAUGUUUGACAACAUCUUGCUCUGUGACAGUCUGGAAGUAGCCAGGCGUUGGACAGAAGACACGUGGGGCCAGAGACAGCCACCUGGAAUGAUUGAAAAGCUGUUGGUGGCAACGGUCAAGCGGCCGUGGCUCUGGGGUGUCUAUGUAUUCACUGUGGGCCUUCCCAUCAUCCUCUUUGUUAGUUUCAUGUGGCCUAAUAAGCGGUUUGGUCCACCAGAUCAAGAUUAUUACUAUAAAAAAACAGAUGAGCCUCAGACAGAUGGACCUCGGGACAUGGAGGAACACAUCAUUCCUAAUGAUGGUGUAAAUCAAACAACAGUUGAGGCUCACAGCAGAGCAGUCAAAAGGGCUCUAAGAAACUCAGACAUAACAAGUUAACAUUCACGGGGUCAGUGGCAAACUUCAGCAGAGUGACUUCUGCCAGGCCACGUCAGUCAAGCUUGCAUCAGCUGACAAUCAGCUGUUUCUGACAUGUACCAAUCCCAUUUUGACACACAUCACAGUGGUUCAUUUAAAUCCUCAUUCAUUCAGCCACUCUUUCAUUGCUUGGCUGCACAUUAAAUUUAACUCCCCCCUCCAUCCCCAACUCCGCCUAGCCUGGAGAUCUGUGAUUUAAUCUGAUAUCUGUCUUGCGAUUGUCUUCAGUAAUACCAGUGAGUUACAUUGUAAUCAUCCUUCCUCAUGUAUUUUGGCUUGUUUACAACAACUUGUGUUAAAUUUUGUGAAUUGUAGUUAUGUAUGCAUGAUUACUGGAUUUAUUCUGUUGCCCCAAGGGGGGUUUGACUUGCUGCUCUCCCCGCUUUGUCCAGGCAUGGCUGCAUGGACAGGCAUGUGGAGUUUGCCCAGACCAGAACCAUACUGCCAACACUAACUGUAUGCAUCUUCAUAAAGUAUACAUUUGACAAAA